CGUUCAUCAAUAAUUUAUUCAUACCAAAUAAGCAACAUAUUUCUCAAGAACCAUGUCUGAAUACGGCUCUUCCCAAUUCCUCUCGCGCGGACUGAAGAUCUUCGCCAUAUUCUCUAUGUUCACCGGAACAGUUGAUCUGAUUACCGGACAUAAACUCGUUAUACCCGAAUCAGAGCGAGCUCUCCUCCCAACCCCAACCCUCGCCUUCGUGGACAACCAGCUUCGAUUCUUGGGAGCCAUCUGGAGUGGAUAUGGAAUGAUUCUCUGGUGGGCGAGCAACAAUCUCCAGGCGAGAAAGGUUCCUCUUUCCUUGCUUGGAACUGCCAUGGUCAUAGCCGGUAUUGGUCGCUUGACCUCAGGGCUGACUCUGGGCUGGACUCCAUCGUGGCUCAAGAUUGCUACUGCUGCGGAGCUCAUUGUCCCUCCUUUGAUCUACCUGUUUGGAUUCUAAGUGUGAAACGGGAGCUCUUACAGAAAUGCAGGCUCGCUGAUUCUGUCAAGUCUAUCGCCUCAUCGCUUCUUAGGUGGCGUAGACUGAGCCAGAAACUGGCCUGACAGGAGAGUGCACGGGUACAUCGAUACGAUCGCUAUGGACGUUACUGUUGUGUCACUCCGACGGUUGUUUAAGGAGAGACAUGUCAACUCAAAAGAAAAACGAAUUAUGAAUAAACAAAAUCUCUACUUAUCCCAAGUUCCUGGAAUGAAAACCAUGCCCAUAACAGAUUGCCGAGAGAAAUACGCUCCAUGUCAGUAUGAAUCAUUGAUAUCUGUGCUUGCAAGGAAAGAAAUGUCACAUUUGGGGA